ACUAUUAUCGUCGGCGCAUUGGUCGCGCACACAGACGCAAUAAAUAGCAGACGCAACACGUGAACGAGUUUCGCUCGCGAGAAUCCCGCGAUAAAUGUCAUGCCGAGCGGCCGUCUGACAAUUUCACGUCGCGCUCGCGCCAGCUGAUGCCGGACGAUCCCGAGAUUCGCGUGUCGCUCUGAACGCUCUCUGCUGUCUGUGAGGAAUCGUGGCCGUUCGCUCUUCGGUAACGACGACGACGACGACGACAACGUGCCCCUGUCAGAAUGCGUGUCGACACGUGCAUUCUGCUGCUCUAUCUGCCGCUCGCGAUUUUCGGCGGCGCCGAAAAAAACGAGAGUUCCUUCGUGGCAACGCACGAGUGGCAGACAGUGAAAAAGGGAACCCCUAUUCCUAAGGGACUUCAUGUAAGACAUAAUUUUGGAACUGGAGUAACAGAGGCCAAAUUGAUGGAUGACACGGAGGAAGACGAUGAGAAUGCAAACCAAUCAAAUUCCAAAUCAUUGACGCUGCAUCCGGACAAAUCGGUCUUAGAAAAUGAAGAGCCAGAUCCUGUAAAAAUAAAGAAGGUUUUAAAGAGGGAAUCUUUAAAAUUUCCUAUUGAUGAGCUGAAAGCAAGAUUGAAGAAGCUUAAGCAAGAUGAAGCGGAAGAUGUAUCAGAUGAUGAAGAAAUUCAACCAAAAAGUGAGAAGCGUUUCAAACGUUUUUACGAAACUUUAAAAGAAGAACUUAAUGCUCUUAAAGUCAAUGUUACGAGCGAUUCGGAAUUAUUAAAGAAGUUUUUCCAGAAAUUCCAAACUUAUAAAAGUAGUGUCACUACUGGAACGUUAACCAGUAUAGAGAUUGAAGAAGUAUUGGACAUUUUGAACAAUUUGGAAUACCUUCUUCAUCAAAUAGAUAAUGCUAAAAUAUUUUCAGACAUGGAUGGACUGACUAAGAUCAUAUCGCCAUGUCUCAAUGGAACUAACAAUGAAAUUAAAUCGGAAGCGUUACGUCUUCUCGGAGCAGCUGCCCAAUCAAAUCCGAAAGUGCAAGCUAAGGCAUUAGAAAAUGAUUUUAUCCAAAAAGUAUUACACGUCUUGUCUACAAAUAAUAAAAUUGAAGUAAAAUCUAGAUGUCUCUUCGCUCUAAGUGCCUUAAUACGCCAGUUUCCUGCUGCUCAGAAAGCUUGGAUCGAUCAUGGCGGUUUGCAGUUACUUGGGAAAAUUAUGUAUGAUGAUCAAUUACAAAUACAAAUGAAAGCAAUGAAACUAAUUAACGAUCUAACGAUCGAAAGACGGAACUUGGAAGAUAUUUACGAUGCUGAGCAGCGUCAACAGAAAAUGAGGGAGUAUGCUAUCACGGAUUUCGAACAAAGAUUACUGAGGCACGAUUAUUGUAAACUCUUAAGUAACUUGAUGGUCAAGUGUUUCAAAGAAAAGUUAACUGGCCAAUUUAGCAUAGAAAAUAACGAUUUUCUUGAAGUAGUUUCAGACAGCAUGAUCACGGUCUCUCCCAUUUGUAAAACUGAAUUUAAGAACAUUAAGCUCCUACUUUUACCCGUGAUAGAUAAUCUCUUACACUUUUAUCAAAAUCCUAAUAUUAAACUCACUGUGGAUGAAACUGACGUUUUAAAGAGUUUAAUAUUAUUGAUCGAGAGAUUAAAAAUUUCUAUUUUUGAUGCACCUCAUGAUGAACUAUGAAUAUAUUUUGAGUUAAUAUCUAAGAUAAUUGAAAAAAAAAUAUAUACGAAAGUAUAUAGAAGACUAAAUUCCAGUCUUAUGUUAAUAAAUACACAAUUGUGUGCAAUAGCAUAGAGCUAAUUCAAUAUGCAUUUAUUAUAUUCAAUGUAAAAAAUUUUGUGAAAAAAGAAAAUUAAUUAUUGUCUCAUAAUAAUCAUUGCAAUAAUUUUGAAAAAGAAAAUAUAUAUUUGCGAAUGAAUGGCUAGCUACAAUUUACAGAUUUUAAAGAAAAUCUGUUUAUAAAAAAAAUUAAUAUUUUGUUAUUCUCUCCAAACGUCAUUAUAUUCCUACUGUAAAUAGCUCAUCAUAUUUACAUUAGAUUGAUCAAUGGAACAAGGUAUUCGUCUCUUGUAUUCAAAGUAUGAAAUACUAGUCAUUAGAUAUCAAUUAAAUUUUAAUUCAUUAUUUAAAUGGCAUAGUAAUGUUUUUAUUAGUUUUUUUUGUAUUGUAAAAAUUUCCUUUCGAUUGGCCUAUCAAUUAAAUGUAAACGCUCGACCAUUUUCUCAAGAGACGGGAACUUUUGAUAUUUGAUUUAAUCAUGUAGUUCAAUUAAUAUUUUAUGUGUACACCUCACAAUUAGAUUGAGGGACAACUACAAAAAAAAUAUCAUUUGAAAAAUAAAGUGACUGAAAUAUAUGUGUACAUAAUAUGUAAGACUUUAGUUGUCUGGCUGUCAACAUAGUGAAUACGAAAAACUGUUGUUUUUUCUGUUUUAGAAAUAAUUAUUUAAUAAAUUAUUUUGUACCGAUUAUGUGCUACAUCUUAUUGCCCGAAAAUUUCUCCCAUACAGCAUAUAUAUAUAUAUAUAUAUAUAUAAAAUAUAAUAUAAAAAAAGGAAAAUAUGAAAAAUCGUAGAAUAGUAUAUUUUAUUUACAAAUCAUGGCGAAUUAAAGAUUACAUAGAUAUGAACAGUUUCAUUUAUAUAACUGUAUAAUACAUAGAAAAUAUUUUUGUAAAAGAUGUUUAUUUUAUAACCAGUUUUCCCCCAACUAGGGUCUCUAUUUACAGGUGUAGGAAAGAGCACUCCUGUAUCAUGCAUUACGAAUGAAAUAAUACCUUGUUUUCACCUGUUAAGUACAAGGAUUGCGUUAUUUUAUGCAAUUCAUAAAGUAUGAACAUUGCGCAUGAUACACGAGGCUACAUCAAGAGAAUAUUACAACAGCUAAAUUCUUUCCGGAAGUUCCACUCGUCUUUACAAAUUGAAAAUUUAACAAGGUCUAUAUCUCAUAGGUAUAUUUAUCUAAAUUUUAUCUGAGUCAUAUACCUAAAUAUCUAACAGAAUAAGAAGCUCGAUCUCUGACAAAGAUACACGAUAGGUAUCUUUUAUUGAUAUACU